AUGUCUAACAAGGUCGGAGCUGAUCCGGAAGUCCCGGCGAAGAAACCAAAAGAAGAAGAACCAGAGCAAGAAUCAUGGGGUCGCCAUCUCGAAUUCGUCCUUUCCUGCAUCGGCUACUGCGUCGGCCUUGGUAAUGUCUGGCGAUUUCCCUACCUCGCGUAUCAAAAUGGAGGGGGAGUGUUUUUCAUUCCAUACUUUUUGAUGCUUUUUCUUUGCGGUAUUCCACUGUUUUACACUGAAUUGGCGAUGGGCCAGUUCUCCGGGCUCGGAACGCUGGGAGUCUGGAAAGCUGUUCCGUGCUUCAAGGGAAUUGGAUACGGAAUGAUUCUUGUCAGCUUCAUGGUGAUUAUUUACUACAAUGUCGUAAUUGCCUGGUCCGUGCACUACCUCUUCUCGGGCUUUCAAAAAGUUCUGCCUUGGACAAAAUGUGAUGAGUGGUGGAAUACUCCCAUCACAAAGGGACAAUGCGCGAUUUCAAAAGCAGUUGCUGAGGAUCAGCUUGAUUGCCGAGCGGAUAAUGUUGCAGAAUACGACCGAUUAUUUUGGAAAUUUAAUGCGACGGUCAGAGCUGAAUGGGAACCGGUCCUGAAGAAUCAAUACAAUUUGACAAAUGAUCAAAUCGCCGAUGUUUUCAACGCUCAAAUCAAAGCUGAGCCUUCUGAAGAAUACUGGUUUCGACGAGUUCUUCAGUUGAAUGAUGAAUUUACCGAUAAUGGCGGAAAAUACACGAUGGACGAAUCCGGAAAUGUCCUUGGCGAUUUGGUCGGAAGCAAUCUUUUUGCCUGGGUCCUGGUCUUCCUCUGUCUUUUCAAAGGAAUCGCUUCAAGCGGAAAAGUCGUCUAUUUCACCGCCACUUUUCCCUAUCUUGUUCUUCUCAUUCUCGUCAUUUUCGGCGCAACCCUCGAAGGAGCUGGUGAUGGAAUCGACUUUUACCUCCGACCAGAUGUUUCAAAACUCUCCGAUGCCGGAGUUUGGUCUGCCGCUGCUACUCAGAUUUUCUUCUCGCUUGGUGUCAGUUUUGGAGGAUUGAUGGUCAUGGCCAGCUACAAUAAAAAUUGCGUUUCCGUCGAUGCUGUUGUCAAAAGCGGACCUGGUCUCGCGUUCAUCGCCUAUCCUGAAGCAAUGGGACUUCUUGGCGGUGUUGGACCAUUCAUUUCAUUUUUGUUCUUUGUCAUGUUGAUCACUCUCGGUCUUGACUCUCAAUUUGCCAUGGUCGACAUCGGAGUUGCUGGAUUCUUCGACGAGUUUCCGCAGUUCAAAAAGGGAUGGAAGAAGACAAUCACAGUCGGAAUCUACUGUUUGAUCGGAUUUCUGCUCGGGUUUCCACUCAUGACUCAAGCCGGUCUUCACUGGUUCAACUUGAUUAAUGACUAUUCUGCAUACCAUGGUCUGCUGAUUUUGGCACUCUUCUUUACAAUCACGGUUCAUUUUGUCUACGGAUUUGUGACCGAAAAGUUCCGAUUUUUGAGCAACAUCAAAGAAAUGAAUGGUGAAAUGAAUAUCAUUGCGAAGGGAUAUUUCUACGCAAACUGGUACGGUCUGACUCCUGCUAUGAUCAUUUUCAUUGUUGGAAUGGCUUUUGCUGGCUAUAAAACAAUCGGAGAAGCGUAUGGAGAUGAGGACGUUUACCCUUCUUGGACUAAUAAUCUCGCUAUGGUUAUGUCCAUGUCUCCAGUUAUCGUCACUGUUGUUUACCUGGUCUACUCGCUGAUCAUCACAAAAGGAAAAAGCAUCUACCCAGCUGAAGAUUUCAAGCCAAAAGCGCAUUGA